GAAGGGCUGCCGGGCUGCGCUGCGGAGCCGCGCCGAGUUCAGAGGCUCUCCGCGCAACUUGGGUUACGCGGCCGGACCUCUGCGGACUGGUGCGGGGCUUCCAGAGCGCGACUGCCUUUCCGUCGUCUCGCGGCUGCAAAAGCAGAUAAUUGCCUAAAUCCAACAGAAAUAAAACAAACUCAGGCUACCUAAAAGUUAGGAUACCUUUUUUUUGCCCCCUCCCCGUUUCUUUUACAAUUUUAUUCCCUAUGUGGAAGUCGUGUGUGAUUCGCGCUCGGCACACUGCAUGGGAAGAAGCGGCUGGUGCUUUGGAUCGAGGAUUUGCUGUUGCAAAGCGGUCUAAGUUCCAUGCAGUGGGGCAGCCUUCACUACUCUGAACGCCUUGAUGAUGUGCUGAGGAGCCCAUGCAGACUGGCAUCUUGUGCAGAGAAGGCACUUAAGCUCCUCCUGGCGUUCUCCACGGACCCUCAUUAGCCAUUCUGGAGAUGGACUUGCUGUCUGGAACCUACCUCCUGGCAGUCCUGUUGGCCUGCAUCGUGUUCCAAUCUGGCGCGCAGGAGAAGAAUUACACCGUGCGGGAAGAGCUGCCCGAGAAUGUGCUCAUUGGCAACCUGCUCAAGGAUCUCAACCUAACGCUGGACCCCGACGUGCCCCUGUCCUCCCCGCUGCAGUUCAAGCUGGUGUACAAGACCGGGGACGUGCCCCUGGUGAGGGUGGAGGAGAACACGGGCGAGAUCUUCACGGCCGCCAACCGCAUCGACCGCGAGAAGCUGUGCGCCGGCGUCGUCAGCGAGAACCGCUGCUACUACGAGGUGGAGGUGGCCGUGCUGCCUGACGAGGUGUUCAGGCUGGUCAAGAUCAGGUUCCUGAUCGAGGAUAUAAAUGACAACGCCCCCCUUUUCCCCUCGACGGUCAUUAACAUCUCCAUCCCGGAGAACACGGCCAUCAAUUCCCGCUACUCCGUCCCGUCUGCCAUCGACCCGGACAUCGGGGUGAACGGGAUCCAGCACUAUGAGCUGCUCAAGCCCAAAACAGCUCCGAAAAGGACAUUUGGAUCCAUUACAAAUGACCAGGGUCAAAAUGUAUUUGGUCUUGACAUAACUGAGACACCCGAGGGAGACAAGUGGCCUCAACUGAUAGUCCAGCAGAUCCUGGACAGGGAGCAGAAGGACACCUAUGUGAUGAAAAUCAAAGUGGAAGACGGCGGGAGCCCCCCGAGGUCCAGCACCGCCAUCCUGCAGGUGACGGUGACCGACGUCAAUGACAACCGCCCGGUGUUCAAGGAGAACGACGUGGAGGUCAGCGUGCCCGAGAACGCCCCCGUGGGCACCUCCGUGUCCCAGCUCCACGCCACCGACGCCGACCUGGGCUCCAACGCGCAGAUCCACUUCUACUUCAGCAACCAGAUCUCCAGCCUGGCCAAAAGGCUCUUUGCCAUCGACAACACCACCGGGCUCAUCACCAUCCGGGAGCCGCUGGACAGGGAGGAGUCCCCCGUGCACAAAUUGACUGUUCUGGCGAGCGACGGCAGCUCCACUCCCUCGAGAGCCACGGUGACUGUUAAUGUCACAGAUAUCAAUGACAAUGUCCCGUCAAUAGACACCAGGUACAUCAUCAACCCCGUGAAUGGGACGGUGCUUUUGUCUGAGAAGGCUCCCCUUAAUACAAAAAUUGCUUUGAUAACAGUGAUGGACAAGGACGCUGAUCAGAAUGGGAAAGUUACCUGUUUUACAGAUCACGAUGUUCCUUUCAGGCUAAAACCAGUGUUUGAUAAUCAGUUUCUCCUGGAGACAGCCACCUUUCUAGACUAUGAAGCUACACGGGAAUAUGCCAUCAAAAUAGUGGCUUCAGAUUCAGGGAAGCCUCCCUUAAACCAGUCUGCAAUGCUGCUGAUCAAAAUUAAGGAUGAAAACGACAACGCCCCGGUGUUCACCCAGCCCAUCAUAGGCCUUUCCAUCCCUGAAAACAACGCUCCUGGCACUCAGCUGACCAAGAUCAGCGCUACAGACGCCGACAGCGGGCGGAAUGCCGAGAUCAGCUACAUCCUGGGUCCUGAUGCUCCCCCAAUUUUCAACCUGGACCGCCGCACAGGCAUCCUGACGGCAGUGAGAAAGCUGGACAGAGAAAAGCAGGACAGGUACUCUUUCACUGUGCUGGCUAAGGAUAAUGGGAUGCCACCUUUGCAGACCAAUGCCACCGUGACGGUGUCAGUGCUGGACCAGAAUGAUAACAGCCCUGCUUUCACACAUAAUGAAUAUAAUUUCUAUGUGCCGGAGAACCUGCCCAUGUAUGGCACGGUGGGGCUUAUCACAGUUACGGAUGCUGACGCGGGAGACAACGCUGCAGUCACUCUCUCUAUCUUAAAUGGUAGAGAUAAUUUCAUUAUAGAUCCCCUCACGGGUGUAAUAAGGCCUAAUAUUACCUUUGAUAGGGAGCAGCAGGGGUCAUACACUUUCCAGGUGAAAGCAGUGGAUGGAGGAAGACUGCAGCGUUCCUCAACUGCCAAAGUGACCAUCAAUGUUGUUGAUGUAAAUGAUAACAGGCCUGUUUUUGUUAUUCCCUCCUCUAAUUACUCCUAUGAGCUGGUCCCAACGUCAGCCAGCCCGGGGUCUGUAGUCACCAAAGUGUUUGCAGUUGAUAAUGACACGGGAAUGAACGCAGAGCUCCGCUAUAGCAUCAUAGGUGGGAACUCCAGGGGCUUGUUUACCAUUGACCAAUUAACAGGCAACAUCACUUUGAAAGAGAAGGUAAUCACAUCAGACCAUGGCCUGCACAGACUGGUGAUCAAGGUGAACGACCUGGGACAGCCGGAGUCUCUUUACACCAUAGCUCUUGUGCACUUGUUUGUGAACGAGACGGUCACCAACAGCUCCUACGUGCAAGAGCUGGUGCGUAGGAACAUGGAAACUCCAGUUGGCCAGAACAUUGGGGAUGGUGAGAUAACCCCACAGACCAAUGAUUAUGUCAAGAUCAUCAUUGCCAUUAUUGCAGGCACCAUGACAGUUAUUCUGGUAAUUUUUGUUACCGCCUUAGUCCGCUGCCGCCAGACGCCCAGGCACAAGGUUGUCCAAAAAAAUAAGCAGAGUGGUGAAUGGGUUUCCCCCAACCAAGAGAAUAGGCAGAUCAAGAAAAAGAAGAAGAAGAAGAAGCGCUCUCCAAAGAGUCUCCUCCUCAACUUUGUGACUAUUGAAGAAUCUAAGCCUGAUGAUCCUGGCCACGAGCACAUAAAUGGCACUUUAGACAUUCCCGUAGAGCUAGAAGAACAGACUAUGGGAAAAUAUAACUGGGCCACCACACCAACCACAUUUAAACCCGACAGCCCAGACUUAGCAAAGCACUACAAGUCUGCUUCUCCGCAGCCUACCUUUCAAAUUAAACCUGAGACUCCUGUACCCCCCAAGAAGCACCAUGUCAUUCAGGAAUUGCCUCUAGAUAACACCUUUGUGGUGGGCUGUGACUCGCUUUCCAAGUGCUCAUCCAGCAGCUCGGACCCUUACAGUGUUUCUGAAUGCAGCUGUCAAGGAGGCUUCAAGACCCCAGGCCCCAUACACACCAGACAGCACACAAAAGAAGUGGGAAGGCCACAAACUCCUUUGAAAGAAACUACCUUGGAGCCCUGGACUCAGCCACAGCCCCAGCGCCGCGUCACCUUCCACCUGCCCGACGGCUCCCAGGAGAGCUGCAGCGACAGCGGGCUCGGAGACCACGAGCCCUCGAGCGGGGCCAGCGCGUCGCACCCGCUGCCCCUGGGCUUCCCCCAGGACGAGUUCUACGAGCAGGCGUCGCCCAACAGCCGCACCGAGGGAGAUGGCAACUCCGACCCCGAGUCCACUAUCGAGGUGAACCUGCAGAAAGCUCUGGCCGAGGCCUCUGAGAACUGCACGCAGGAGUGCCUCAUCCUCGGCCACUCCGACAACUGCUGGAUGCCGCCGGCGCUGACGCAGUUCCAGCAGCCCAACCCCUCCCUGCCCUCGUUUGGCUUCCAGCAAGGCUGGGGCCGGGGCGCCAGGCCCGAGGGACGCCACACUCUCGGGAGGCCCCUGCCAAAGGACGACAGUGACAAAGGCCAGGCAGGGCCCAGGCCCCAGUUCUACAACACCUGCGAAAGACAUUGCGCGGCCGAGGACGCCGUCAAGGUCAUCCCCCUGGCAAACUUCGCCGCGUCCCACCCGGCGCCGGGGGCUGGCAGCAGCACCACGUUUGUACACGAGCACCAGCUGUGAGUGCAGAUGUGACGAAUCCCCAAUUUCAGGCUUUAAGUGUGACUGUGGAUGGUCACGGCCUAGCGCCGCUCCUCGGGCGCGUACAAACUCGUUAGGCUUGUGAAUAUUUGUGUAUAUAGAAUCCUAAAGCUGAAAGAGAAAAUCUAAAUCCUUAGGACCUGGUUGAAAGGUGUUUACUGUAGUUCUUGGUGAAAUCCAGAAAAUAGGGAAGAGAACCCACAACCCAGAAACAAUCAGAAGAACAAAAUCCUGUUCAUUUUCCUACAUGGGCCAUGUAGUGCUAAUAUCUGCCAGCAGUUCUUUCUCCCUUUGAAGGCAGUUCCUUAGUACGGUUGGGGGAAUAUUGCAGUCUAAAAAUAGCUUACUCGAAUUUUUCUUUGUUGUUAUAAUUUAUAGCAUAUUCAUAGAUUUCAUCUUCCAUUUGCUUAGCAUUAGAGAUCAAGUGAGCAAUUUCUCAUUUGAUUGCUUGACAUAAUACAAUUAAUAAGAUCCUAAAAUCUAAUUCUUCAGAAGGAUGGUAUAUCUUCCCACCAAAAUUUAUCUUUUAUAUAAUUAAGAAGGAGAAUGUACGUGACAACUGAUUUUUAUUUUAAUUUUCAUUGGCUCAAUGUACAGAUAUUUAUUCUCUGAAAGAAUGCAAUAGAUGAAAUAGAAAGCUCUCAAUUAGGCUUUUCUGUGUGAAAUAAACAACCUGACAAUGAAAGGAUAUCCAAGAUCAAAAAUGGAAACAAAUAACAAACAACUUUUUUUAAUUUCCAAGAUUUUCCUUUCUAUAAUAAUUCAAGGAACAGUAUUAUACUUAUAAUGUUUUUUAAGCCAUAAGUCUAUUUCUCUCUUUUUUUUUGGUCUUUUUUUUGUCUUGCAGAGCUUGCUUGGCUACUGUUCCUGUUAGUUGAAAAUUACAUGGGCACUGCUGAAAACAGUAGGAAGUGGGGUAGAUUUUUUGGCUGAUGUUGUGGCAGCAAGCUACAGGUGUUUUAAAGAAUAUUUAAUAGUGAUGUGUACGUCUUUUUUUACAGCUCUGUUCACCUAUUGUAAGUAUGCAGUAAAAGUUUAACUACCAUAUUAGUUACUUCAUCACAAACCUGUUAGAUUGAGAAGUAUUUGUCAUUGUGGAUUAGUUGUUAGAGAAUGACUGAUAGUGCUCAGCAAAGAAAGAAGGAACUAGGUAAUGGAAGUUGGAUUAAUAUAAGCAAAGCCUAAUCAUACUAUUUGAAAAUCUCUCAAGGUGAUUCUCUUUAAAGAGGAAGGAUUUUUUUUUCCUGUGUACUGGAGAAUAUAUUCUCUUGGUAAAUUCCACAGUGGAUGAAAAGGAGUUUCCUUUCUUAGAUGAAAAAACCACAUAUUUUCUCUAGUAUUUCCUUCUAGUACUUUGUUGGUCUUUUGCCAUUUCAUCAUUUGCAGUAUGUACAUACCAAGAAAUUUUUCCUUUAAGAAAAUGCAUAACUUUUUUGUUUUAUUGCUACAUUAAGUGAGACAAUCGAAGCUGUAUGGAGGGGAAACACAGUGUGUGAAUAUUUCCUAUGGGUAGAACUCUAUGUAGGCUUCAUAAUGUAACUUAAAUCUGUAAUUUAUAAACAAAACUGUGUGUAAAAAUGCUGUAAUAUUAGCUGCUUGUAAAAUUUACAGAAGUUCAAGUUGUUGAGGGUUUCCAAUGAAUGCUAAAAGAGCUUCUCUUAUGUGCCCAGCAGGUAUAAGUAGCUUUAUAUAUCGCUGUCCCCACUGUAAAUCUAUUCAAACCACAUUUAGAUUUUAUGUGCAAA